AUGGAAGCCAUUGGGGCAGCUUCUGCCAUCCUCGCAAUUGCAACAGCCGGGGUACAAUGCUCCGUAAAGCUCGUAACUUUUGCAGGACAGGUCAAGACAGCGCCGGAACAGAUUACCAUGGUUGCUGAAGAUGUGUCAUUGAAUGCGAGUAUUCUACAGCAACUGGGCGAAUUGUCGAAGGAGAACGUCGAAAAUGAACAUCCGGUAUCAGACGGCAAUGUCAGCAACACUACCAACAACAAUGUGAAACCAGUUCCCGAUACCAAGGCGACAAUAUCAAAACAGAGUGUCUUCAACACUACUGGCCUAGAAACAGUUCUGAAGCUAGCGAAAAAAUGCGAAGAGAUCUUCAAGUCCCUGGACCAGUCCUUAGGCAAAGCCAGUAGACAAUUGCAUGCGAACUCCCGCAUAUCGGGCAAGGUCAAACUGAGUCGCGCAGAGAUGUUCAAAUGGCCGUUCCUACUCCCGGGAAUGGAUACGAUGCGGAACGAGCUCAGGAAUGUCAAGGGGACUUUGAUGUUGAUGCUCCAGGUCGCUAUGCUGGCGUAUUCGAGACGGAUGAUGGGGGGAUACGGUGAAAAUAUUCAACGCACCACGGGGAUUGUUGCCUACUCCAGGGAGGAUCAGGAGUUCCUGGUUCGGGCUAUUAUCGCAGCCCAGAAAGCCCAAUUGGGUAGUUUUGGAAAUCAAACUUCAGAAGCUCCCAAUAUUGGAUCAGUUAGGGAACAGCCAUUGGAAAUAGAGCGAUCCAGGUUUCGCCAGGUUUCGGAGCCCUCUAAGCACGGCUCGUUCACCAUGGAUCAUGGACUAAAUGGCACAGCGGCGACUGCUGAAGAGGAAUCUGAUAAUAUCGAUGAGCCAUCCAGAGAUAUUCUAAGCCUUCUCCCUUCUAGACAACCAUCAGGCUCUCAGUCACAGAUAUUUUCCUCGCCGCCAUCGCGCAUAUUCAGCAUCAGUCUCUUGUCUCCGAGGGCGUCCAUCACAAACUAUCAAAUUCAUGUCACAUACGAUGCCCGGAGCAUCAAACUCCCGGAUUCCACGGUUGAAUCUCAGCUCGAAGAGUGGAAGGUAUCUUUUGACACGACCGUGCUAGAUCAGUUAGCUGUUCUAGAUACCAAUGAAUAUGAAGCGCUAGAUGCCGUGAUGAAUCGCAGUGAACAGACGCUCGAGUGGAUUCAGUUCGGCGAUUACCGUACCAUCAUUCAAGGCAUUGAACAUGUCAAGGCUAGGACGCUUACUAUAAUCAUGAGCGGGGUGCCGCACCCAACUCCAAAGGAAGAGAAGAAGUACGAGCCAGAGGAAAAAAAGCGAGAUGAAAAAAAGCGAGAGGAAAGCAAGCGAGAGGAAAGCAAAUCCAUGUGGAUCAAGGUUCAUCGAAAGUAUCUACUUCCGGAUUCAUUGAUAGCAUAUGGCCUAUACUGGGAUUGGGAUUGGGACGAACAUGAUCCCAACUACAUCAUCAUCCAGGAAUGGAUCACUGACGAUUUGCAAGAAGAGUUAUUUGAUCAUACCAGACGGUUGCGGGACAGUAGAAUUGCAACACAGGUCUCGUCCAAUAUGGCUGAGUUGAAGGUCAACGACCGAAACAAAGACAGAUUGUAUCUUAUUCGCGAAAAGCCUGCAACACGACGCAGCAGCAAUUUCAUGUCAAAGAUCAGACAAAGUAUACCCCUUAUCAACAGACCAAAGCAAGAACAGGAGGGCAUGGAGCAGACUCCAGAUGACGAGGCUAAUGCCGAAAUGAAGGAUGAGGAAUUCCGACAGCGACUUCACAGCGAGUUCGGGUACACCAAGGAGCAGGUCGAGACUAUGCUUAAUGGGAAGCCAGUGGAUAAGAAGAAGGAGGAGAAGAGGGAGGAGAAGAGGGAGGAGAAGAGAACAGGAAGUGAAGAUGAUGACAUCUUGUCAGAGAGCGAUGUGCAAGCGGUGAAUGCGAAGAACCAAAAUGGCUCACCUUCAUAUGAUUUUGUUGUUGUUGGCGGGGGCACGAGCGGAUUGGUCGUUGCUAAUAGACUUUCAGAGAUGGGAGGUUUCACGGUGGCAGUGAUCGAAACUGGUGAUUCAGUCCUCAAUAAUGUUAACGUCUCUGCUGUGACAGGCUACGGUCGGGCAUUUGGCACGGAGAUUGACUGGGCCUACCAAACCGAAGAACAAACAUAUGCAGGAGGAUCGAAGCAGAUUAUCCGUGCUGGAAAGGCCAUUGGCGGUACAAGCACUAUAAACGGGAUGUCAUACACUCGAGCGCAAAAAGUUCAAAUUGAUGCCUGGGAACGAGUCGGAAACAAGGGGUGGAACUGGGACAACCUUUUCACAUACUAUAAGAAAUCAGAGCAGUUCCAGAUUCCCACACCAAAACAAAUUGCUCGUGGAGCAGAUUAUUACAUCGCCUAUCAUGGGGAACAAGGCCCGCUCAAAGUCGGAUGGCCUCAAGAAAUGACAAACGGCAGUGUGUUACCUACGGUCGAUGAGACUUUCCAGCAACUGGGUCUUCCCUUUAAUAGGGAUUGCAAUGGUGGUAGCAUGGUGGGGCUUACGGUCCAUCCCAAUACCGUCGAUCGCCAGGCCAAUGUUCGCCACGAUGCAGCCAGAGCUUACUAUUGGCCCUACGCAGCUCGUUCUAAUCUCAAGAUUAUAUCAAACAGCCACGCGAAUAAGAUCAUAUGGGCAAGCAAUCCCAGUGAGGCCGUUGCUAUUGGGGUUGAAAUUACCGGAGUCAACGGAGUUGAGACGAUAUAUGCUUCGAAGGAGGUAAUUCUGUCGGCUGGGUCCCUCGGAACGCCUAUCCUUCUGGAGAUGUCUGGGAUCGGAAAUCCCGAUAUUCUCCGUCGCUUUGACAUUCCUGUCCAAGUGAAUAUUUCCACUGUUGGUGAGAACUUGCAGGACCAGACCAACGCUGGGCUCUCUUAUGAAGGGAACGAAUUCUGGUUUGGUUCACCGACCAUUUCCGCUUUACCAUCAGCUAGUCACAUAUUCGGUGACAAUGUUCAUGCUGUUGCAUCUCUUGUCAAUUCAACCCUCGCGGAAUACGCAAAAAAUGUCUCAGAAAAUUCCAACGGUGCAGUCGAAGAAGCCAAUCUCCUGGCUGCUUUUCAACUUCAGCAUGAUCUCAUAUUCAAAUCACAAGUUCCGUAUGCGGAGAUUGUUUUGCUUCCCAUCGGACACUCAUUUUCCAGCGAAUACUGGCCUCUUCUUCCUUUCUCGAGGGGGAGUGUUCACAUAAACUCAACAGACGGCUCUCAACCUCCUGCUAUCAACCCCAAUUACUUUAUGUUUGGACAGGAUCUGAAAGCCCAUGCCGAUGUGGCUCAAUAUAUCCGCAAGGCAUUCAGUACCGCCCCCCUGAGCAACCUUGUGGGAGAAGAAUUAGCACCAGGAAAGAACAAUGUUCCAGAAAAUGCGUCGGACUCAAUAUGGGAGGGCUGGGUGAAGUCAACAUAUAGAUCGAACUUCCACCCAGUUGGCACUGCCAGCAUGCUGCCUCGGGAUAAGGGUGGCGUUGUCAGCCCCGAGCUCAGGGUUUACGGCACUAAAAACGUUCGAGUGGUUGACGCUUCUGUUUUGCCCUUCCAACUUUGUGGCCACUUGACCAGCACUCUUUAUGCCGUGGCCGAGAGAGUGUCUGACAUGAUUAAGACGCGAUAUGUAUUUUAG